GCUCAGUGUAAAAAAAAAAAGAAAUAGAAAAUAUCACAUAUUUUGUGUGUAUAAAAGACAACAAGAUCACUAACAGAUAAAAACACCAUAGCUAGCCAGACCAUGUUCUGUUGCAUUUCUCAUCUGUAGUCUCUCUGGUGUUUUUGCUCUGCACCAGAAACACCUUUCUUACUUCCUCCCCUCCCCCCCCCCCCAAACCCAACCAACUCACAAAACUUCAACUACUGUUCCAUUGAAAAUGGCUACUUCUCUUCAGUUUCCUUCGAAUCAUAACCCAGAAAAUCAUCAAACACAGCAAGCAAAAGCAAUGAACCAGACUUCUACGGGGCGUAGAAGGUCUGGUAAAAUUGGCCAGAAGAAGAAGAAAGUACCACAAAGAGGCAUGGGAGUUGAACAACUCGAACGUCUUCGUGUACAAGAUCAGAUCAAAAACAGUACCAUCCAUGUCGGUCAUCACCAUCAGUACUACUCUAAUAAAAAUUUCCCCAAUUUUACUCCUCCUCUUUCAGCAUUUACCGGCGGCGGUAGUACUAGUGCUAGUGCUGCUAUCGCUACUGCUUCAGCUGAUCCUCCCGGAAUUUAUAGUAAUUCCAUUUUGAACUCUUCACCAGUACUUCAGUUCCCCAAAUUGUGUCCAGUAAACCCUAAUGAUUUCUUUAUGCAACAAAAGGUUGUAAAUACUGGGUUUAUUGGAUCUACUAGUACAAAUCAGUUGAUGAUUUCUUCUCAUGAUCAUCAGUUUCAAUCUCCAAUGGGUCUCUACGGAUUCGCAACUUCUAAGCCCAGUACAGAGAAAUCGAAGGAGCUGUAUUCAGUGCCAAAUUUGUUUAGCAGCAACAACUCAUGUUUCUCCGAUCGGUGCCGAUCAUGCAACAAAAAGAAACGCAUGAUCAAUGGAGAAGAAAUUAGCAUCCAUAUGGAAGACAUGAUCAGAGAAAAUGAAGAUUCUGCAACAAAGCCAUCUUUGCUUCAUCCAUACUCUUUACCUACCCAUCUAGAAAAGGGCGUAGAGAUAGUGGCAAUCCAUAGAAAGGGAAGUUCAUCGGCGUUGUCAUCGGAGGAAGGAGCAGUUGUGAUGGAGUAUGAUUUUUUUCCAUCAAAAACUGGCAGCAGAAGCACUAAUAAUUACACAAGUUGUUUCGAGAAAGAAGCAAGGAUGAUGAGUGCUUAUAGUUCACCAGAAUCUUCUUCAGUUGCAGCAGCAGCAGCGGGCAAUAAUAUUAAUGGUGAAGCUUCUUCUGUCACUACAAUAUCUUGGGCUGCAGACACUACUACUACACCUACCAGUUCUAUUGAUCUCUCACUGAAGCUUUCUUGUUAGUUUUUUUUUUCUUUCUACAGAAUCAUUUGAAAAAGUAUAUGGUUUAAUUAAUUUCUCUGAAUUUUGUCUUUUCACACUUGUGUGAAAAUUUAUCUGAUCAAAGACCCAAACACUACUUUUUAUUUACCCUUUUGGUUAGCUACUUGUUGUUAUUACCUCUCCAAAAUGGAACAAUACAUUUUCUGGGUUUUUAUUAUAUCUAUAUCUCUUUCUCUCUA